AUGCUGGGCUCAUCUGUUAAGGAUGAAGAAAACAUAGAUCGUUCAUCAUUACAUACAGAUGUGUUGCUGAAGUUUUUCGAGUCUCAGAAUUUGGAAGAAAAAAACGAACAAUGUCAUUUUAUUUUUAAUCAAAUACAGAAUCCACAUGUUAAACUGGUUAUUUUUAAAUUUAUAUUACCUAUAUUCAAUGAGUUUAAUGCCUUCUUCCAAUCUGAAAAGUCUUUAAUAUAUCCUCUUUACACAGAAAGUGUUUGUUUUAAUAAAUUAUUAGCCUCUAAUUUUAUCGAAACAAAAGUAUUAUCGGCUUAUGAUGAUAAUAUUGCAACUUUUAAUGUAUAUAAUCCACAUAAUCUAUUGUUAUCGAAAAAAUUAAUGUUGGGGUUUUUAAAAUAUCUAAAGUUUUACCAAAAAGCAAUGAGUGAAGUGUUUAAAAGACUUCCAAUUGCACAUAAAUCCUACAUUUUAGUUAGUAAUUAA